UACUGAUACUACGGUUAUACCCUCCGCUUUGGGUUUUUCAUUUUUCUUUGCUUUUGAAAGAGAGAGAAAUGUCUUUCAGAGCUGCGAUCUUAGGUCAUCUAAGAGUUCCAGUCCAAACCCUAACUCAAAAUGGACGAGCUUUGCAGUCAUGGAACCUCUUGAAUUUAAAUAGGUCAAUGUCUUCUCACGAUGAUCAUCUCGACAAACAAGAAGUCAUCGACAGAGUUGUUUCCGUUGUUAAGAGCUUCCCCAAAGUUGAUCCUGCGAAGGUUACUCCUGAAGUUCAUUUCCAGAAUGAUUUAGGCUUGGAUAGUUUGGACACUGUUGAGAUUGUAAUGGCUCUUGAAGAAGAGUUCAAGCUGGAAAUUCCUGAUAAGGAGGCUGACAAGAUCGAUUCCUGUAAACUUGCCGUCGAAUACAUUGCUAAUCAUCCAAUGUCUAGUUAGUUCGAGCAAGAUCCUCUAUUUGAUCGAGUUAUAGCGUUGGAUUUUUGGAAGGUUGUCUAUCCAGACAUGCUUUGGGUGCACUCUACUUUUUCGUUCUGUUUGUCUGUAGAAAUUUGGUCUCUGUAGUUGGUGGAAAAUAAACCCUAAUUCUGCUUAAUAAGACCAGUUUUAACUCGAUUUCUUGACCGGAGCUGUGAUCCUUCAGGACCUUCACUGUCUUUUGAAUCAUUUUGGGCUUAAUUUAUAAUGCAUUAAAUGUUUUGCUUCUUCA